GCGAGCUGACGCGCUUGCCCUCCGUGACACAGUGACGCUCAGUUGACGCGCGACUCUUCUCGGAGUAUGGAUGCGCUCGAGUUCGCACUAUGCGUUUUCCUGGCUGUCGUCGCGUCGCCAUGCAAGGCGGAUGCGAGUGGCCCGAGGGAGAUGUCACUCAAGAACGAGAAAUACUAUCAUACACCGAGCUCGCUAACGAUCGAACAGAUCACCACGUUGUCCGACCUCACGAAUAUUACGCACAUGAACGAGGUUCUAGACAACAUAUGUGUAGUCAGAGUAGUAGGAACUCCUGCGCAUGCUGGAGUCAAAGAGUAUAUCAAAAGGUCAAUGAGUGCUCUUGGUUGGACCGUGGAGUCAGAUUUAUUCGAAGCUAACACUCCGCUGUUUGGUCAAUUGGAGUUUGAAAACAUAAUAGUAGCAUUAAAUCCUAAUGCGAAAAGAUAUUUAGUGUUGGCUUGUCACUAUGAUUCAAAGUAUACAAGGGAGAGAAUCUUUGUUGGGGCAACAGAUAGCGCUGUGCCAUGUGCUCAACUGAUUAAUUUAGCUACUAUCAUGAAUAAUUUUCUACAGAUUAUUAAAGAGCAGGAUGUCAGUUUGAUGUUUAUCUUCUUUGAUGGAGAAGAAGCAUUUAAAGAAUGGGGUCCAAGUGAUUCUAUUUAUGGUGCCAAGCAUUUAGCUAAGAAAUGGCAUAGUACAAGAAGUGUUUACGGCAGGGGAAAUGAAAUCAAUGAAUUGGAUAAAAUAGAUAUAUUAGUCCUCCUUGACUUAAUCGGUGCGCCAGAUCCGACUUUUUACAACUACUUUAAAAACACCGAGAAAUGGUACUCGUUGUUAGUUAAUAUCGAGAAGAAAUUAGCCGAAUUAAGAAGACUAGAGGCGUACUCGUACGGCAAACCGGAGCAAAGAUAUUUUCAACCAUAUUCCAUUGAGUCACAUAUUGAAGACGAUCAUAUCCCUUUUAUGAGAAGAAAUGUGCCUAUUCUACAUAUAAUACCGAAUCCGUUUCCGCCCUUUUGGCACCAAUCAGGUGACAAUCGAGCCAAUAUCGAUUUAAAAACUACCGAGAAUAUUAACAAAAUCCUCAGAAUAUUUGUGGCGUCUUACUUACAUAUAUUUUCUACCUAACGCUGGAUCAAGAGAAGGUCGUAUUGAAAUGACGUGGAAUGAGCUUUGGUGCUUAAUUUAUAUUGUGGUUUAAAAACUGUAUGCACACAGUAUCAAAAGAAACUGUUGCAGUGUAUACAUAACAUUAAGCUCACAAAAUAUGACAUAUCCGUCGCGAAACGAGUUAUCUUUAAUUAAGUUUUAGAUACGAUAAAUACUUAGGAAAGUGAAAUUAAAUCGCAACUAGUCUUUUAUUGUCUCUCGUAUUUUUCAAUCUUUUGGAAUAUAUGUACUACCUGUUUUACCUGAUCAAAAAGACGUGAUAUAUUAAUAUAAUAUUACCAUAUAUAGAUAUUAAUUUAUUGAAUACGUCCAACUGUUUAUAUUUUGUAAAUGAGACAAUUUAUACUUAAGUAAUUAACAUAUUUGGAAAUAUAUAUACAUUCCUUAUCUAAA